CGCGAGCUCAAGACAAGAGACUACAACAUGGCAGCGUACGCAGGGGAUGAUGUACCCGAGCUGUCUGACAGUGAUGAUGAACAAUGGCAGUCGAUGGAGGAGGGAUCUGAACACAUAACAGUCCCGUGUUUACUCUGUGACAGGACUCUCACCUCUGUGUCUGAAACGGUACAACACUGUAAGGCAGACCAUGGUGUGGAUAUUCCAGAUCUUGUCCAAAAACACAGGCUUGAUGACUAUGGCUACAUAAAGAUGAUAAACUACAUUAGAACUACAAAAGUCUCUGCAGAGAGUUUGCUACUGACUUCAAAUGGUCCAUUGCCAUGGGACAGUGAUGAAUAUAUGAAACCAGCUUUACCAGAUGACCCAUUAUUGCAGAUAGAUGUUGAAGAGUUGAGCGAGGCCACAGCUGUGACGUUGAGCGCUGCGGCUGGUGAUCAGGUGUCUCUUCUGCUUCAGAGAGCCAGACAGGCUGAAGACAGAGCUCAGAGAGCUGAGGAAGCUCUGGCCCGGGCCAUCGACGAUCUGCACAAACUCAAAUUGUUGGCACAAGGUCUAGUGCUGAACGCAGACACAAGUCGUGGCCCUUCACGCUCAGGGGCCAUUACUGAGUUGAGAGAAGAUGAAGACGAGGCCUACUUUAGCUCUUAUGGGCAUUACAGCAUCCAUGAGGAGAUGCUGAAGGACAAGGUGCGCACUGAGAGCUAUCGAGACUUCAUGUACCGCAACAUGGAGGUCUUCAAGGGCAAGGUGGUGCUUGACGUGGGAUGUGGUACGGGAAUCCUCUCCAUGUUCGCAGCCAAAGCGGGAGCCAGGAAGGUCAUUGCUGUCGACCGAUCUGAGAUCAUUUACCAGGCCAUGGACAUUGUCAGAUCAAAUAAACUUGAAGACACCAUCACGUUGAUCAAGGGCAGAAUAGAGGAAAUUGACCUUCCUGUGGAAAAAGUGGACAUAAUCAUUUCCGAGUGGAUGGGCUACUUCCUACUGUUUGAGUCAAUGCUGGACUCUGUGCUGUACGCCAGGGAUCGGUACCUCGCAGAAGAUGGUUUGGUUACAAAUAACGGUGCUGGUGAUAGCGAUCAUAUGGUGAAUGUUGAUCCACGAGCCGAAUAG